AUGAUUAUCCUAUCGGUUCUUACGUUGCUGUCUUUUACGGUAACAGCGGAAACACAGAUCAUACCGAGUUUCGAUAUUGAAACCUUCAACCCGUUCCCAAGCGGAUUCAGCAUUUUCCCAAGCACUUUUAACCCUUUCUCGAAAUUCCCUUCAUUCACCGAAAUCGCGAGCUUCUUCGGUAAUGACUGGGGAAAGAAGUUGGAAGAACGAAUCAUAUCUACUAUCGAAAAUGCCUCUAAGGCUAAUGGCAUUAGCGUCGUGAACGGCACAACGACUAUCACGCAGACUAUUGGAGGAAAGAAAUAUACAGCAGUAGUGCCGAAGGGAGCCUCAUAUUCAAUUCGCACAUCGUCAACAACGAUAAACGGUUCAACUACCAACAUCGUUCGUUUAACGAUUGACGGAAAAACUGCUGUAUACAAAACCGUAAGCGGAAAAACUACUGUAACGGAUGAGAAAGGAAAUCCCCUUUCCGACGGUGAUUUUUUUGGGGUCGCCAACACCAUCGACACUCAGGUCACAGACGUACCUGGACCAACGGAGCCGCCCGGAACGCCAAAAACAGAAGCACCGGAGGGCCCAGUAGAAACGACAAAGGCACCAGAAGAGCCGUCAACAGAGGGUGAAAGGACGGAAAAUAGAGAUAGCACAACGGUGACACCAGAAAGCGAAGAGACCACGACAACAGUUAUCACUAGAGGAGAAAGGAAGUGA